AUGCCGUCAGAUCCCACUGCAUACACGUUGGUUGCCUCCGAUGCAGGCUACCGGUUGGAUCUGUCUCCUCAGGAGCUGCGGAAUAACCUGCAGAGCAACAAUGACGCAGUCAAGCUCGAGACUCUGCGUGCAAUUACGGUCUCGACGCUGAACGGCGAGCCGUUCCCAUCGCUGUUGAUGUCCAUCAUUCAAUACGUGCUUCCCAGCAAAAACAAGCAGCUGAAAAAGAUGCUGCAUUUUUACUGGGAAGUGUGCCCGAAACUCGAUGCGGACGGAAAGCUGAAGCAAGAAAUGAUUCUUGUCUGCAACGCGAUCCGCAACGACCUGCAGCACCCGAACGAGUAUAUUCGCGGCUCCACCCUGCGUUUCCUUCAAAAGAUUAAGGAACCUGAAAUUCUCGAACCGCUGAUUGCUACGAUCCGCCAGUGUCUGGAGCACAGGCACAGCUACGUGCGCAAGAAUGCAGUGUUUGCCAUCUUGAGUAUUUACAAGCGACACGAGCAGCUCUUAAGCGACGCACCGGAGCUGUUGGAAGAUUUUCUUGCGAGCGAGUCGGACUCGACUUCGAAGCGCAACGCUUUUGUUGCGCUUGUCCAAAUAGAUCCGGCCCGUGCCGUCGCAUACCUGAACAAUGCGAUGGGUCAGGUCAGCUCUUUUGAUGAGCUGAUGCAGAUGGCGGUCAUCGAGCUGAUCCGCAAAGAUGCAAAGCACGACAAUCCGCUUCUCGGUGACUACAUCCGCAUUGUUUCUGAGCUGCUCGAGUCAACCAGCCAUGCGGUCAAAUACGAGGCUGCCAUUACUCUAGCUGGGCUUGCCAACAAUGUGCCUUCUGUCAAGGCUGUAGCGAGCGCACUUAUCGACUUGACGGUACAAGAAAGCGACAAUAAUGUAAAGCUUAUUGUCCUCGAUCGGCUCGAUGCUUUAAGCCGCCACCACGAGCACGUACUCGACCCCUUGGUGAUCGACCUCUUGCGUGUGCUCUCGAGCCCCGACAUGGACGUACGCCGCAAAGUGCUUGCCAUGGCGCUGGAGAUGCUGUCUGUGCGCAGUGUCGAAGAGGCUGUGCUUGUCCUGAAGAAGGAGCUGGACAAGACCACUGCUCCAGGCAACGAUUCGGGCAUUGAGUACCGCCAGCUGCUGAUCAAAACACUGCACGCCUGCGCAGUGCGAUUCUCCGAAAUUGCUGGCAGUGUGAUGCACGAGUUGAUGAACUUUUUGGGCGAUUUUAGCAACCCCAGCGCUGUCGAAGUGAUUGCUUUCGUGCGCGAAGUCGUGGAGAAGUUCCCAACACUGCGUGAAGAGAUCCUUGCAAAGCUGAUCAGUUUUUUCCCCAACUUCCGCAGCGGCAAAGUAUACCGCGGCGCACUGUGGAUCGUGGGCGACUAUGCAGCGUCGAAUGCAUCUGUGAACGAUGCUAUGCAGCAAAUUCGCAACGUUCUUGGCGAGGUACCGAUGCUCUCCGCCGAAGAGCGCGCGCUUGAGCAGGCGGAACAAAACGCGAACGACGACAGUGGCGCGCCCAAGUCCCAUACCACCACGCGUGUGCGUUCCGAUGGUACCUAUGCGACCGAGACAGCGUUUGCCACGGACACGGACCGCGCAGCGCUCAAAAAUCAAUCGAAGCCGCCGCUCCGCAGCCUGAUCUUGUUCGGCGACUUUUACACCGCAUCUGUGUUGGCCGCGACGCUGGUCAAGCUUGUCCUGCGCUUUGCUGAACUUUCGUCCGACAUUGUUGCAAAGAAUGCAAUGCGUGCAGAAUCAAUGAUGAUCAUGUCUUCCAUCAUUCGUCUGGGACACUCCACGUUUGUUGCGACCAAGAUCGAUGAGGAUUCAGAAGAACGCGUGAUGUCCUGCCUUAAAAUACUUGGCGGCAGCUCCGCUUCCAGCGACGAAGCGCUGGCCGCUGCGGAUGUGUUCCUCAAGGAGACGCGCGAGGUAUAUGCGAGCCUUCUGCAGCACGAGCUAAAGAAAGCAAACGAAAAAGCGGAGCAAGGUCAGCGACACAUUGCAGCCGAGCCCCAAGCACAGCUGAGCUUCCGCCAAUUUGGUGCUGCGAACGCCGACGAAGAGAUUGACUACGAGGCAGAGCUGAGCCGGGCCACUGGUAUGACUGCCACGCAAAAAGAUGACUUUAUCAGUAAAUUGCAGCGCGUUGUGCAGCUCACAGGCUUCUCCGACCCUGUCUAUGCAGAGGCAUACGUGGAGGUUCACCAAUUUGAUAUCCUUCUCGACAUUCUCGUGGUGAAUCAAUCAGAAGAGACGCUUCAGAAUUUAAGCAUUGAGCUGGCCACGCUGGGUGACUUGAAACUAGUGGAGCGUCCCUCGUCGUACACGCUUGCACCAUUUAGCUAUCAGAGCAUCAAGGCUACCAUCAAGGUUUCUUCCACGGAAACUGGUGUAAUCUUUGGCAACAUUGUGUAUGAAAGCGCCGCAGGAACGGGCACAAAUAGCGGCGGUGACAGCCGCUACGUUGUCUUGAACGAUAUCCACGUGGAUAUUAUGGACUACAUAUCUCCCUCCUACUGUUCCGAGACGGAAUUCCGUACGAUGUGGACAGGGUUUGAGUGGGAAAACAAAGUGAACGUCAAGACAAACAUUUCCGACGUGCGCGAGUAUCUUGAGCAUAUCAUGAAAUCUACCAACAUGGCUUGUCUAACGCCCACUGCAAGCCUCGUCGGGGACUGCGGCUUCCUUAGUGCGAAUCUCUCUGCAACCAGCUUGUUUGGCGAGGAUGCACUUGCGAAUGUCAGCAUCGAGCGUUUGGACGACGGCACGAUUCAGGGACACGUCCGUAUUCGUUCAAAGACGCAAGGCAUUGCGCUCAGUCUUGGUGACAAGAUUACGCUAGCGCAAAAAGUCGAUGCCUAG